CUGCGUCAAAACAAUGACAACGUCAAAAUCCUCAGUUUUCACCGUACUAAAAGAUAAAAGUAUAUCUUUUAGGGGUUUUUGCUAAAAAAAUGUAGGUACUUCUUUCCGAUGCAACGAAAGCCUGGACUACCAUCAGGCGUAUCAUCAGGCGUCGGAGGUGCUUCGUUAGCGGAACAAGAAAGGCCAUCAAAUCGCUCAGCAAUCGCAAAAGACUUCGUAUGGAUCCGAGUAUCAUUGGAGAAUCUUUUGCAUAACGUGACGGAUUGUGAAUCUCCGCUCAACAACCAGCUGCCAGAACAUGAGACCGUUUUGAGGGUCUAUGAUCUCGAAAAGGACCAUUCUCUCAAGUCUGACGUAGCGUCUGGAGCAUCACCCUGUCCACUGACAUUAUUGUUUCCAGAUGUGAGCGAAGAUGAAGUAACGGGAAUGCUUAAACGACAAGAAGAAACUGUGAAUGUCACUAAAAUGCUCACUGGCAAAAGACCAGACUUGAGAUAUCUGAAACCGAGUCUUAAAUUGAACGUUCUUGGAGAAAUCAAGACUGUGGUCGGGUUGUUUGUACUUUUCAAAAAUGUACUCGUUCCAAAAUACCUGGCUAGUAUAUGAAUUGAAUAUGUUUGCAUAUAGAAAACGCUAUCACCAGUGGUAGUGCGAACAGCAUCGGAAGAAUCAUACGAGAAGGGAAAAAGAAGACGUAGAAGUAGCAGCAAAAAAAGACGAAGCACACUUAUCUCAAAUAAUACGAGUGGUGCUUCCUUGGAGUCGAAUGACAGUUCAAUAAACGUCAAGUUCACUACAUCUUCCGUAUCACAAGUUAGCUGCGUGCCACCACAUCAUUUCUUUAGGUUUAGAAACAAAGAGCUAAAUCCGGAGAAUAAUGCGGAUGAAGAAUGCAAUUUCGCCAUGAAGACUACACAUGUGUGCACCUUUGCAUUAUCUUGGUGGAAAAGAGAUUUUUUCUGGACCAAAUGUGGCCGUGUUUUCUCCAAAUCGUCGUUGAAUCGGUCGAAGAAGUUAGCAUAACAUUCGCCAAUGAUUGUUCUUCCCUUUUGAAGAAGGAACGUCAGACCUGAUAUAUGACUCUAUAUGAAGAAUGGAAAAUGGGUAUCAACUGUUAUUAUAAUUGGAGAUAUGUGAAUUUUAAAUCGUUUUCUGAUAUUUUUAUAAAUAAAUGAACUUUGAAUUUGAA